UCCAUUAAUAUAUAUCACUAUCACCUAUCUAAAUAUUAUACUUCUUCAAAUUUGAAAGCUAUGAAUGUUUCAAAUUUGGAAGAGCUUUCAAAAGCCUUAAUUGAAUGUCAACAGAUCAUCUCAGACCUUCCCAAAGAAACUAGUUGGCAAAACUAUUUUUAUUAUUGUAAGGGUCGUCCAAAGAGACCUCCACAAAAAUCCAUUGUGAUCUACUCAUGUUGCUUAUGCUUCCCUGUUCCUUAUGCUUCCUUGCCUAAAUCAAUUGUGAAGUGCUCUACAUGUAAAAUAAUUUAUAUGUGUAGAGAUCCUAAAGAUGUGUUUGUCUCGCUAUGGCAUUUCAUUAGUAAGCACUUGGAGACUGAUGUUAUGUCAUGGGAAGAGGCAUUUGAUAAGUUUUGUACUGGGUUUUCUGGUUAUGGACCUUUUUGGGACAAUAUUUUAGGAUAUUGGAAAGCAAGCUUGGAAAAUCCUGACAAAAUAUUGUUUUUAAAAUAUGAAGAUUUACAGAAUAAUACGUUGUUCUAUGUGAAGAGAAUAGCAGAGUUCAUGGGGUGCCCUUUCUCUGUAGAAGAAGAAAGACAAGGUAUAGUACAAAAAAUAGUUAAUUUUUGUAGUUUUGAAAGCUUGAGCAAUUUGCAGGUGAACAAGAGUAACAAGAUUAGCAAUGAAAUUCUUCUUAAAGUUGAAAAUAAUGCAUUCUUUAGAAAGGGCAAGAUUGGUGACUGGGAAAAUUAUUUAACACCCGAUAUGGCAAAGCGACUUGACCAAAUAAUUAAAAAUAAAUUUAGU